AUGGCGUUCUUUGAUACCUUGGCGCAGCGGAACGAUGGUUCGAGAGCUGGCGUCAUCCACACACCGAGGUCUCUCAACUCGUUCAUGGAUUCGAGUUAGUGACCUCCUAUAGAGUAGUGAGAUUCAAAUCUCAACGGACUCCUUUUUUGUAGGUCGGUAAUCGAAUAAGUUGGCAUUUGUCAGGGUUGAGGUUAAGAUACCAUUCAUUACACCAUUUUUGCAAGUGCUUCGGAUUGUCUUGUAACUGUACAGAGUCUUCCGGCUUCUCUGUUGAUUUUCACAAUUUGAGAUCAUCGGCAAACAUUAUGCGUUAGCAGUUCAGACAGUCCAAGCAGUCGUUCACAUAUAUUAAAAACAGAAUUAGACCCAGAAUUUUUCUCUGCGGAACGCCACUCUGGACAGGUGCCCAUUCCGAUAUAGCGUUUUCGAUACAGACCCGCUGAGAUCUGCCCGUGAGAAAAUCGGCUAGCCAUUUCAGCAGAUUGCAAUUCACACCCACUUGACGUAGUUUGAAUGUAAGUCGUCUGUGUGGAACACUGUCAGAACCCUUUCCAAAUUUAAUGUACGCGGCGUCGACUGAUAAACCCAUUUCGAUUGAUUUCGUUCAGCCUCAGAUACGGGAAAAUGAAGGAUCCACCUCAGAAGCAAAUUGCAGAUGAGUAGAAUUCUUGGACGGAUAUUUAUUUGCCGAUGAGAGAUAAACUCUGCGAUUCAUUGGGGUUUCGACUCGGCAGAUCAAAGGAUUUCUUUCUUUAAGAUAUUGAGUUGAGCGCUCGCAAUGGGAUAAAAUAAAAUCUACUUCUAUAGACGAGAAUACUUUGACCAGAAUGAGUGGACUUGUUGCGCCUGUGAUAUAAAAUUUAAGGCCACGGGAGUAAGAAAAAUGGAAAGUGACAUCAUGAGCCUAUCUGUUCAUAAAAAUCCUCAUGAAAUGAUGUUAAGACUUUUUUCUGCUUGUUGCAUGCUUCAAUUUUUCUAGGAUGGACUAAGGGUCCGAACUUCAUACAUCACUGAGAAGAAAGUUUGAUUGAUAUCGCAGAAUCCAGACGCAAGCUGAAACAUCCAGACGAGUACCCCAGUUUACACAGGUGCAUCCACGUACCAGCACGCCCAUAGCGCAGCAGCCGCCUUAAAAAUAUCCGACAUGAUUUUAAAAAGUUCAAACCGCAGGUAAUUGAAGUUCCUCAUCGCGAAAUCAUCCCCUUGAUUCUCUGCUCCAGUACAUUUCUAAGUGCCCACGAAAUACAUAUCGACGCCUUAUCAAGACAACGAUUGUUUGAUCUCCAGGACUUCCACUAUAUGUGUUAACUCAUGAAAUGUUGACAGAAACUUUUGAACGCGUUUUGAAUUUGAAAGGGCGUCGAAAAUUACUGAGAAAAAUUCAUACUACUUACAGUACAUAUAUCAGCUCACUUAGUGUUAGGCAAAAUUUUGAAACACGUAUUCGGCUAGAAAAGAUUGCUUAAGUAAGGUUGUAGUAUGAAUUACCGUGCAGCAUAAUCCUAUGAUAUGUCAGUUACCCCGGGAUACCGGCUUUUGAAUGAACUUCUCUCUGGCGCCCGCGAAAACUACACUCUGUAAAGUGAAUGCUCAAGUGGUACAAAUUUUUGCACAUUAAUUUACAAUGCCCUAAUAAAUUUUAAUAUUUUUCAUAGAAAACAUACAUAAAAUAUCAUUAUUUUAAUCACUUAGCAGAAAAUUACGUCCUUUUAAAAUUUUAUACUUGAAGGAAGAAUAUAAUUCGGUUGUGAAAAACUUUUCCAAUUCCCAAAUAAUGUUGAACCGGACCUGCUGUUGCACUAGUACUCAGUGUUUCCAAGCCACAAACUGCAUAUCUUCCGUUUGCAGAAAUUCAUGCAUUUCUAUAUGGUAUCAAGAGUAGACCGGCGUGUAGGAGUGUGCAGCGGUGGGUUCACGAGGCAGUCGUAGUAGGUCGCUGACUUGCUUGCAGGUGUAGACUACGCCUGGCGUCCAUUUGCUGGCACCCAACUCUUGAAGGUUGCUCCCCAAAGCCAGGCUUCGUCUAGCGGUCACACCCCCGUAAUUGCCUCGGCCGGCGGGCUAGACCAGGUGAGGGUAUCCGUGUGUGCAUCUGCGCACAUGGUAUUAUGGACUCCACUGGUCGGCUGGUCGGAUGGAACUUCGCAUCGACAUCGUCGAGACGAGCCUCCGUCUGGUACACCGCAGGAGGCCACAGGCUUAUGUUGACGUCGUACGCUCUCCAGGCUAACUUGGGUUAUUCUUCCACUACACCAAAGCCGUGGCCCAUAGUGGAGUUCGGCAGCCGUCUCGGAUAGCCAAGCAGCCCUACCUGGGGUGGCAAUGCCCAUCCCUGCGAGGUGGAGGGAGCUAUAAAAGGGGCUCUAAACAAAUGCUGGGGAACCACGUCGUGUGCCGACUGACCGUGAUCGCAGACGUUAAACUCACGGUCGAAAGAACCAACAAAUAAACAUCAGCAGCACUCUCUCUCCCUCUUCCUGCUUUUUCUUAUUCUUUUUAUCCUUUUUCUUCUCCUUCUCCCUCUUUCCACCGUCCCACUCGCCAGACUGGUAGGGUGAGUCCGCUCACUCUGGCAGCCUGGAAUGUUUGUUCCCUUUUAGACUAUCCGAGAAGCAACCGGACGGAACGGAGGACGGCGUUGGUGGCUUGGAAACUGGCGAACUACAAGGUGGACAUCGCUGCACUCGGCGAGACCCGGUUCGCCGAACAAGGCCAAUUGGAGGAGGUGGGUGCCGGCUUCACCUUCUUUUGGAGUGGCCACCCCAGGGCAGAGCGACGGGACGCGGGUGUCGUCUUUGUCAUCCAGAACGACAUCGUGGGAGGACUGUCCUGUAUGCCGCAGGGCAUAAACGGUCUUUAAUUUAAUUAAUUAAAUGCCAAUUUACAGGCAUUGUCAAGGGAAGCGAUUAAACACAAAUCCGACCAGCAGUGAAAAAAAAACUCCUGAAGAAUAAAAAUAUAGUUGAUGAUGGUUCUAUGGAUUGGAGGGUUCAGGAGAAAAAAAACUGCUGGCGGUAUAUUUUCGACCGUCAAGAAGGGGGGGGAAGGGGUUGAACGGUAUCGGAGAUCAUCGGACGUCAAUUCCUUUCAUGAACUUGGGGAUAGUCAAAGUAGAGGCGUUGAGGAACAGCUGGUGAGCCUCCGCCUCCCUCUUCAGGGAGGCAAAUUCGCACCAUCAUCAGCGCCUACGCUCCGCCGACCACCAGCCCUGACGCCGCUGGGCACAAAUUCUACGAGGAAAUGCAUGUCCUCCUGGCGACCGUGUCGAAGGCGGAUAAAUUGAUUGUCCUUGGUGACUUCAACGCUGACGUCGGCACAGACUAUGCUGCCUGGAGAGGAGCGCUAAGUCCCAUGGUCUCAAAGACUCCAAUGACAACGGCCUGCUCCCUCUAUGAAACUGCGCAGAACACCGCCUCAUUCCAACGAACACCCUCUUGCGCCUCCCCAUGUGAGAGGAGGCAACCUGGACGCAUCCUUGGUCGCGUCAGUGGCACCUGCUGA